AUGUGGCGGUUGUGCAUCUGUGACUUGCAGGCAGAAUCUUCUCCAUUUGUGGAGAGGCAACUGAAGAAGGGCUAUGAAGUGAUCUACCUGACAGAGCCUGUGGACAAGUACUGUAUGCAGGCCCUGCCUGAAUUUGAUGGCAAACGUUUCCAGAACGUUGCCAAGGAGGGUGUCAAGUUUGAUGAGACUGACCAGGCCAAGGAGAAGAGGGAGGCCCUUGAAAAGGAAUUUGAACGUCUCACAACCUGGAUGAAGGACAAGGCCUUGAAAGACAAGAUCGAGAAGGCUGCUCUUUCUCAGAGGCUGACCAAAUCUCCCUGUGUGCUAGUUGCCAGCCAAUAAGGGUGCCAGUGGUCUGGAAACGUGGAACGGAUAAUAAAAGCACAGGCCUGUCAAACGGGAAGAGACAUUUCCACAAAUUACUAUGUAAGCCAGAAAAAAAACUCUAGAAAUCAACCCCAGGCAUCCUGUCAUCAAGGAGAUGCUGAAACGAGUUUCAGUUGCUUUGAUUUUAUCAACUGA